AUGCAGGCCUUCCGCAACUCCACCCUCGCCCUCUCCCGCCGCGCGGUCACCGCACCCCUCCGUGUCGCCCCCGCCAGCGUCGCCCGCUACCACGCAAAGGUCAUUGACCACUACGAGAACCCUCGCAACGUCGGCAAGCUCGACAAGAAUGACGCCGAUGUCGGUACCGGUCUCGUUGGCGCUCCUGCCUGUGGCGACGUGAUGAAGCUCCAGAUCAAGGUCGGCGAGGACGGCAUCAUCCAGGACGUCAAGUUCAAGACCUUUGGCUGCGGUUCCGCCAUUGCCUCGUCGUCGUACAUGACCGAGCGCGUCAAGGGCCUUAGCAUCACCGACGCUGCCAAGGUCAAGAACACUGAGAUUGCCAAGGAGCUUUGUCUUCCUCCUGUCAAGCUCCACUGCUCCCUCCUUGCCGAGGACGCCAUCAAGUCCGCUAUCAAGGACUACCAGUCCAAGCGUGAGAAGCGCCUCGCCGCUGCCGCCGCCGCCUCUGCUCCUUCGCCCGCUGCCCAGCUCAGUGCCUCCGCAUGA